AUGGCUCGGGCACUCGACUUUAUCGAAAAGGGCCACGAGCCGGGCCAAGUCCCGCCUCGCCCUUGGCAAUCAUUGUUCCACUACGACUUCAAGCCCUCAAACAUUCUGCUCGACGCUCCCGCCACGGACGGGCCCGAAUGGUGCAGCCACUACCCGCUCCCGAUCCUCGCGGAUUUCGGAGGCGCAGAGGCGUACCCGCAACCGGGCGCGGCCGACCAGAUCCCCUCGCACAUCCGCGGCUACGGGACCAAGGGCUUCUCCCCGUUCGAGCUGUUCCAGCCCAACUCGCAGCGCCUCUCCAACGACGAGCGCGCCAACGGGCCCGCCCGCGACACGCCCGUCGACGCGCAGAGGAACCCGCUGCCGCCGCUGCCGCCGACAGCGCGCGCGCGCGCGUCGCCCUACAAGCCGCCGCUGCCCGUCGACCAGCAGGUGCGCAUCCACUCGUCCAUCUUCCAGCUCGGCGUGACCAUCUGGUGCACCAUGACCAACCGCAUCGCGCCGCGCGGCCAGGUCUGCGCCUGGCGCGGCGGCUACGCGCCGAACGACAACCGGUCCAAAAGCAACGCGUAUCCGGCGUGGUGGGACCACCUGCCCAGACACGCGCCGCGCCGGCCCUGGCCGUGGAAGGUGGCGAAGCCGCUGCGGAAGAAGGAGUGGAAGGCGAUGCUGGGCAGGGGCUUGGCCGAGGCGCCGGUCGUCGAGUACGGGCCGAUGCACGCGCGGAGGGCGAGGUACGGCCCGUUGCCGAGCAGCUUGGAUAAGCUGGGGGCGAGGCCGAAGUCUUAUAUCCGGCGGAUGGCCGGGGGCAUGUGGGUGCCGCUUGCGCCGUCGGAGUCGUUGAAGCCGAGAUAUAGCGAUCGGUUGGUCGAUCUAGCUUACAAGUGCAUGAGUCCGCUCAUUGCUGAUAGGCCGACCACGGACGGCCUUCUGAUACAGACGCAGCAGGAGAUGAAUGCACUUCAAGGGCGAUAUCCCGAUGGUAGCGGCGCAGGACCCGAACCACUGCUAUUGCCGCCGGAUAAGUUUCCAAUUGGACAGCACACACUGAACGACGUUUGGCGGGCGGAAUUUUGA